AUUAGAUUGCCUUCUCUUCAACCAGGAAACCACUGAGUCCAGACGGUGCACAGUAAGUCCAGUAUUUGCUGUCUAUUUAUGAUGAAUGCCAAUUAUGAGAAAUUAUAUCUUGCAUGCAUCUGUAGGCAAAAACAACAAAACUACAGUGAUGAUUAAAGGUAGUUUUUCCACUUUGCAUUACAGCUGUUUUUCAAACUGAAUUGCAGGCAUUGACGAUUGAACUUUUUUUUUUUCUUGCCCGUCCGAUAUUUGUUUUAAUGGAAUGCUGACUUGGCGUUUUACUUCGAGAACACUGUCCGUCUCCAUCCACAAUAGCCCGACGGAACCGCUUACUGCACUUCCGUAAGCGCGAAGUCGACAUUUGAUACAUACGAUAUAUCAUAUAUGACUGCUAUAAAUAGCAAGAAUGAAAACUGCAAACUUUUCAUAUGUAUUCUGGAAGUCUGCAGUAGUUCACUGCACCGUGUUACCACUUUUUAGUGGAGAUUGACAAAUAUAAUAUUUUUGGAAUCUCUGGUGCAGAUGGUUGUUACUUGAGCCACCAGGAAUUCUGUAGUAUUCUUUGAAAUACUACUACUAGUUGCUGUAGUAGUAAUAUAAUAAUAAUAAUAAUGUUGCUGUUUAGAUAGCCUUUAUUGUCCUAUAAGGAUAUUUGUCCUCACAGUCUGUUCCAAUACAAGCAAAGUACAGUACAGGCCUCUAACAUGUUAGGCACAAAUACAUAAAAUGGCACACAAACAUAUACACACAAUUUGUAGCGGAGAUUUGAUGGGUACAAGAUUAAUGUGACAAGUUAAGUGCAGCUAUGGCAGUAGGGAUGAAACUCUUGCCAAAGCAGGUGCGUUUCCAUUUCAGAGUCCUGUAUCUGCGACCUGGUGGCAGCAGAGUAAACUGUGGGUUAAGAGGGUGACUAGAGCCAUCGGUUAUGGUUCUUGCGAGGCGUAUGCCAGCUUAUUCUUGUGGUUAUUAUUAUUGUUGUUGUUGUUGCCAUAAUUAUUAUUAUCAUUAUCAUCAACAAUAAUAAUAACCACAAGAAAAGCUACAAUAAUGAUGAAUAAUAACACACUGGCACGUCAUCCAGGGCAAAUCGUUGGCCUGUGCUGCCUGGGAUAGGCUCUAGCCCCCUUGAAGCCCUGAGCAGAAUGAUAAUGGUGACUGAUGAAUGCAGCGAAUGCUGUGCAGUUGAAUGCUCUGUCCUUCCACAGAAUGGCUGGGCUGGGCGGGCUGCGGGUGGCGGUGGUGGGGGCGGGGGCCGCUGGGCUCUGUGCAGCGCGACACCUGCUGGCUCGGCAGGACACCUUUGCCCCACCUGUGGUGUACGAGCUCAGCAAGCACGUGGGAGGCACCUGGGUCUAUGAAGAGCGAGUCGGGAACUACGAAAAUGGGCUUCCAAUCCUCAGCAGCAUGUACCGCGACCUCAGAACAAAUAUCCCCAAGGAAGUGAUGUCAUUUCCCGACUUCCCCUUUGAGAAGCGACUUCCAUCAUUCGUUCAUCACACAGAAGUGCGGAAGUACCUAGAGCAGUAUUGUGACCAAUUCCGCGUGAGAGACCACAUCAAGUUUGGCACCAUGGUGGAUUUGGUGAAGCCCGUUCAGGUGGAGAAUGGUUGGCACGGACUGGCCUGGGACAUCACCAGUAGUGACGGCCUGGAUCCGAGCACGAGUGUCACUGAGCGCUUUGAUGCCGUCAUGGUAUGCAAUGGGCAUUUCUUUGAGCCUUACAUCCCUGAGAUUCCGGGCUUGGGAAAGUUCCCAGGGAAACUGAUGCACAGCCAUGACUACCGCAGUGCCGAGCCCUUCUCUGGAAAGUCUGUGGUGGUGCUGGGAGCUGGGCUUUCUGGACUUGAUCUUGCCAUGGAGCUGUCCAGCGUGGGCACACAGGUAAUCCUCAGCCACAGCAAGCAUCCCCUGUUGAGCCCCAUGCCCCCGGGGGUGCAGCAGGCUCCACCUGUGACACGUGUCCUAGAGGACGGGGCACUGGAGUUCGAGGAUGGCCAGGUGACCCGGCCAGAGGUCUUUCUGCUCUGCACUGGCUACAAUUUCACCUUCCCAUUCCUGCACAACCAGCUGGGCUUGCAUGUCCAAGACCAUUUUAUUUCACCCCUCUACAAGUUCCUGAUUCCCCCUGCCUUCCCCUCACUCUUCAUCAUGGGCAUUUGCAGAGCUAUCUGCCCAUUUCCCCACUUCCACUGCCAGACCCAGUUUGUGCUGUCUGUGCUGGACGGGACAUUCGUCCUGCCCUCGCGGGUGGAGAUGGAGCGGGAAAUGGAGGUGGAUGUUGCGGCCCGGCGGAAACGCGGCUUUGCCACACGCCACAUCCUUAAGCUGGACUCGGAGCAGUGGGCGUACAACGCUGAACUGGCCCGGCUCGGAGGCUUUCAGCCAUUGCCUCCCUACUGGAGUGACCUAUAUGAGGCCAACAAAGUGUACCGUGCCCAGGACAUGCUCGGCUACAAGACGUACCGUUACAGUGUACUGAGUGACAGGGAGUGGGUAGUGUACACACAGGAGGGCCAGCCAAUCGAAAAGCCCCUACCAGCCCAGAAGGCUCAAGUUCAGAAGUAACCAAUCCUGUAACCUCAUAGGGUUUCCCAACCUGGACGUUUCCAUUGUAAAAUAACUUAAUCCUCAAACCCAUUUUUAGCCUUGUCCAAACCAGACCAUAGAACCUUCUCAUUUUUCCGAUAACUGUUUUGACCACCCUUGACCCGGCCGUUUAGGUGCUUUUCCACAGAUAAACUCAUUUCUGCAGAAGGAAGCUUUAACAUAAAAACAUAGAAAAGCACUUCAGUAGAAACUAUAUGCAAUGAAACCAUUAUCCCUUUGUGAUUAUAUGGACGUUUUGACUGUGAAAUAAUAGGAGUCUUUAAAAUAAAUCUUACUAUAGCAUUCAGUAUCAAAAAGCUAAAAUAAAAUAUGUAUAAUCAUGAAAUGUAAAAUAUUAAAUAUACUUUUUAUUAAUUAAAUAAGAGAAUGGAGGGAAGAGACAAAUAUCGCACUACUGACUCUACACAUUAAUAAAAAACACAGGACUAGACAGUAUUGUUUUUUAUCACUACAUAUCUGACACAUUAAAUACUUGCAUAAUGUUUAGUGACUUUCUUGAAAGUGGCAGCCUGACUGGUCAGCAGUGUUUCCCGAUUAAUAACCAUUAUGAGUUCUGGUGCUUUCAUGUUGGCCCUGUGGUUUACAGAAUUGCUGCUGUUUGUACGAAUGCGGCUUGUUUUAAGGUCUUGGCAGAGUGUAAGACUCCUGAACACCUUUCUGUUCUGUUCAGUUUCUUCAUGUUCUCUGCUGUUAUGUGGUUACCUCAGUCUGUUGUACAGCUAUGUAACACAAAACCCUUUUAAACAUUUAGUUUAAUUUAGUGGAUUUUUAAAAGUUGUUUUUAAAUUCCAGUAGUUCCCUUUAGUCGUAGUUACUCCUAAUAGCUUUUGACAAUUGAUGGGUAAAGUAAAAGAGGUUUAGAAUAUUGUUAACUGAAGUCAAAGAAAUAUUUUACCAACAUCAGAUGCUGUGAUGUUAUUUACUUGUUUUAAGUAAAUAUAUCAGUUGUCAAAUAUCAGCAAUUCUCAGCUUGUGGUUUUUGCCAGCCUUUGGAGUUUUUAUAAAUGAAUUAAUUGCUGUUAAGUUUUAUUUAAAUGUUUGACACAAUGGUUUACCUUUACAGCACCACCAGAUGGCAACAAUAACAGCUUAACUGUUGAGAAAUCCCCCAACAUAUUAUUGAAUACACUCUCUGGAGUCAAA